CGAGACGAGUCAACUGAAAAGUUACCUCCACGACAUACCGUAUUUUCGGUGCCUGGUCACUCAGAGGAGCUACAACUUCCCAAAAUCCCACCUUCAUAUCGACUUCUCUCUACCGAACGACACUGCUUUAUCGGUGGCCACGCGACGACACUUGUGUUACCCCUCCCCCGCGCUUCGCCAUUUCAGAUCGCAAUCCCACAUCCACGUCUGUAGCAUUCUAAGUCUUCGGUCGAGGUCUUCUUGUAUCGCGAGUAAAUAGCACCGUUUGCGUCAUGAGUAACACAGACUUUCUUGGGCGUGCAAUAGAGGUGGUCAAGAAAGCUAUCGAGAGCGAUACCGCAGGCGAGUAUGAGAAGGCAUACCAAACAUACUACCAAGCUUUAGAGCUUUUUAUGCUUGCCCUAAAAUGGGAGAAGAAUGCCAAGUCAAAGGAAAUGAUAAGAGCAAAAGCCGGUGAAUACAUGGAGAGAGCCGAGAAACUCAAGUCACAUUUGGCCGAAAACGAUUCUAGUAAUAGAAAAAAACCGAGUGCCGUCGGCUCGAACGGGAAAGUCGCUGGAGGGAGUGGCAAGGGCAAAGGUGACGACGACGAGGAAGAGCAAGACGCAGACUCGAAGAAACUUCGCGGCGCGUUAGCAGGCGCCAUUCUCUCCGAAAAACCAAAUAUCCGAUGGGAGGACGUUGCCGGCUUAGAGAUGGCAAAAGAAGCCCUGAAAGAGGCUGUGAUAUUGCCCAUCAAAUUCCCACAUCUGUUUACCGGAAAGAGACAGCCUUGGAAGGGUAUAUUACUCUAUGGCCCUCCAGGUACCGGUAAAUCUUACCUUGCUAAAGCUGUCGCCACCGAGGCCAACAGUACCUUUUUCAGUGUCAGCAGUUCUGACUUGGUCUCAAAAUGGAUGGGAGAAAGUGAACGACUCGUCAAGCAGCUAUUCGGUAUGGCACGGGAAAACAAGCCAUCGAUUAUCUUCAUUGAUGAGAUUGAUGCUCUGUGUGGACCUCGUGGCGAGGGUGAAUCGGAAGCCUCAAGGCGUAUCAAGACCGAGUUGCUUGUACAAAUGGACGGUGUUGGCAAAGAUUCGAGAGGUGUAUUGAUCCUGGGCGCAACUAAUAUCCCCUGGCAACUUGACGCAGCUAUCCGAAGACGCUUUCAGAGAAGAGUUCACAUCAGUCUUCCAGAUCUGCCUGCUCGCAUGAAGAUGUUCGAGCUUGCGGUCGGCUCGACCCCAUGCGAGCUGACACAAAACGACUUUCGCAAACUCGGCGAACUAAGUGAAGGUUACUCAGGUAGCGAUAUCAGCAUAGCGGUUCAGGACGCUCUUAUGCAGCCAGUCCGCAUGAUACAAACAGCUACGCACUACAAGAAGGUCAUUGUGGAUGGUGUGGAAAAGCUCACUCCUUGCUCCCCUGGCGAUAGCGGCGCGUUGGAGAUGACAUGGACAGAGGUUGAGUCAGACCAGCUUCUUGAACCGCCUCUGCGCGUGAAGGACUUCGUGAAAGCUAUCAAAGCGUCUCGGCCCACUGUUAGCAAAGAAGAUCUUAAUCGCAACUCUGAGUGGACGCAAGAGUUCGGAUCCGAGGGUGCCUGAUUAAUUCUUUUGUCAAACAUACCCCACAAUCGGUUGGUGUUUACCGGAGCACAGGGGGAUCAGCUUUUACGAAAUGGAUACGGAGCAUCAUCAUUCUGCAGCGGACGGUGUUCCGGGUGUCAUGGGAGUACAUAUAUGGCGACGAGCGCAAUGGGCCCGUCCGAAUGGAGGG